AUGGCGGACAUAGCUACAGCUUCCUUACCACAGCCGCCCGCCAACGAUGUUCCCACUGGAUUCGGCGGCUUCCCGCAGCCGCCCAUGCCACCAAUGCUCAGCAUCCCGCAGAACAACAACAAUGUCGGAGGCGCCAUUAGCAGUGCAGAUCCUGGCUCAGAAUUGCUGUCACCUCUCAGUGCUGCUCGCCGAGCUGCACCCGAACCGAACAAAAGAGCUCUGUAUGUUGGCGGCCUGGAUCCACGAGUCACCGAAGAGGUACUGAAGCAAAUCUUCGAGACGACUGGUCACGUGCAAAGUGUGAAGAUCAUCCCUGACAAGAAUUUCCAGUCAAAAGGCUACAAUUACGGCUUUGUCGAAUACGACGACCCUCAGUGCGCCGAACGAGCCAUGCAGACCCUCAACGGACGCAGAGUCCACCAGCAAGAGAUUCGUGUCAACUGGGCAUACCAAAGCAAUACCACUUCUAAAGAGGACACUUCGAACCACUUCCACAUCUUCGUCGGUGACCUGUCAAACGAAGUCAACGAUGAAAUUCUUCUGCAGGCUUUCACCGCUUUUGGCACAGUCUCCGAGGCUCGUGUCAUGUGGGAUAUGAAGACCGGUCGCUCUCGUGGCUACGGCUUUGUGGCAUACCGUGAUCGUGGAGAGGCUGAGAAGGCUCUCAGCUCAAUGGACGGCGAGUGGCUAGGUUCACGUGCAAUCCGCUGCAACUGGGCCAACCAGAAAGGCCAGCCUUCCUUCACCCAGCAGCAAGCCAUGGUCCAGAUGGGCAUGACUCCCACCACGCCGUACGGUCACCAUACCUUCCCAACUCAAGGCGCGCAGUCCUUCGACAUGAUUGCCCAACAGACUCCGCAAUGGCAGACCACCUGCUACGUCGGCAACUUGACUCCAUACACGACCCAGAACGACAUCGUCCCACUUUUUCAGAACUUCGGCUACGUCACUGAAUCACGCUUCCAGUCCGACCGCGGCUUCGCGUUCAUCAAGAUGGACACGCACGAGAACGCGGCCAAUGCCAUUUGUCAACUUAGUGGGUACAAUGUCAACGGCCGACCUCUCAAGUGCAGCUGGGGCAAGGAUCGACCACCCACUGGACAAUUCGACGGCUACUCGCCCGCACAGCCACCCCAGUCGGCCUUCCCAUCAACACCGCAGACCUUCUUCCCACAGUACGGUCAGCCUAACCCGAUGUCGCCACAAGGUAUAUCAGCUCCCAACAUCGUUGUUCAAACUAUGCAUACUGACCUCUCCACAGCGAUCACACCAGCUAGUGGUCAACCUUUCGGUCAGCACCCAUCUCCAGGCAGUUGGCCAACUCAGCAGAUGACGCCUCAAACUAUGCAGCCACCGCAAGGCAAUUGGCCGGCGUCUCUACCUCCACCAAGUGCCGGUGGGUAUGGUGGCAAUCAUACCCCAGGUGGCUACAUGCAGCCACCUCACGCUGCACCUUUCGGUCGCGGCGGCUAUCCCUAUCAGGGCUAG